AUGAAGGAUGUACAUAUCACUUCAAAUCAUACAGCCAGCUUGAAGCAGGACCUCGAUAAUGUCUGGGGCCUCAUUAUACUUGUGAUCGGUCGGGUUUGCUUCCGUCUCCCGCUAGCAAUUCGCAGUCGAUCAUCGACAUCACCCGCGCAACAAGCACACAAAAACUUCCCGGAUCGUGAGGGAUCAGUCGUUGAAGGUGCUCAGAGCCACCAAACUUAUCGAAGAGUCCAGGACGGGAUAAUCUCAGCGCUUUUGCAGUCCCGGGCCCGCGGCACGUAUCUGCACAAUGCGCACCUGCCACCUGGGUCCUGGAGCACGAUCUGUGAUCCGUCGAAGUCUGCCUCGUGUCUUCAUGAUGGUACAUUGCUGGCAGGCCAGAGCACGUCACACGCACACAGUGACCGAACGCCGUCCUGUGAGCUCUAUGCCGUCGACCAGCUCUCUUUUUGGCCUUCAGAACCUCCACCGAAGCAAAUGCUGCCAGGUCUUCUCCCUCUGUGUCUGCUACUAGCUUUGGGUGAAGUCGGGCGGGCUACAGCGCAGCAAUGCAAACUCGUUCUCCAGCAGGAUUUACAGAUCACGAACCCCAAAACGCAAACACCAGGAAUCUCCACGCAGAUCCCGAGUCCCACCUCGACGCGUCCCGUAUCAACUGCAUCCCCAUCUUCAACUUCGAAUAUCACAACCUUUACACCCUUUAACUAUGGGGCCGAGAAAGUCCGCGGAGUUAAUCUCGGUGGUUGGUUCGUGCUGGAGCCAUGGAUCACCCCAAGUAUCUUUCAGGGCACGAACAACACCAAUGUGAUAGACGAGUAUACGUUUGGUCAGCUGAUGGGUGCAGACUACGCCCAAGAGACUCUCCGCACGCAUUGGGAAACAUGGAUAACGGAAGUCGACUUCCAGAACAUCAGGGCUGCAGGACUAAAUCAUGUCCGUAUACCGCUAGGUUAUUGGUCUGUUCCAAUCACAUCGGCAUAUACCAACUACAGCACCUCUGUGUUACCAUAUACCACGGGUGCUUGGCCCUAUUUUCUACAAGCGCUGGGUUGGGCAAGAAAUAACUCCUUGCACACCAUAGUCGACCUCCAUGGUGCUCCUGGUUCACAGAAUGGCUUCGACAAUUCAGGGCAGAGAGGGUCUCCCGGAUGGGCGAACGGUUCGGACACAGUUGGACGGACGCUGGAUAUCAUCAAGUUCAUUGCGGAUCAAGUUGGGGAUAUGGCGGAUGUCAUAGAAUUGCUGAACGAACCUGCUGGUUGGGUAUCUGAUAUUGGCAGUGCGAUCAGUGGGUAUUGGCAAGAUGGAUACCAGGUCGUUAGACAGGCUGCAGGCAGCGGACCUCAGGUUAUGAUAGAGGACGCGUUCUUGGGGAUACAGACGUGGGAGAAUUUCAUGAAGUAUCCCAAUGCUUCAGGCGUAAUCAUGGACGAGCACCAGUACCAAAUUUUCAACGACGACCAGCUCGCUCUGUCUUUAUCCGAACAUCUGAGCUCAUCGUGCCAAACUCUUAGCCAAUACGCCUCAUUUGCCAAAUCAAACAUGUAUACUGUCAUGGGCGAAUGGUCCAAUGCAGUGACAGAUUGCGCUGAAUGGCUGAAUGGGCGGGGAGUUGGAGCCAGAUGGGAUGGCAGCAUAGCAGAGGGUCAGCAAGUAUACGGCAGCUGCGAUGGAUGGACGGGCAGCAUGUCCACUUUCAGCGACGAAUACAAGGCCUUCCUUCGGCAAUAUUGGGAGUCCCAGGUCCUCAUCGGAGAGAGCGUCCAAGGCUGGGUUUAUUGGACCUGGAAGGCGGAGAAUGCAGAUGAGUGGAGCUAUCAGAAGGGAUUAGAGGGCGGCUGGAUUCCGCAAGACCCCACAGAUCUGAUGUAUCCAAACAUGUGCAGCUCCGCAAACUUCACCGCUGUGUAG